UUGUAGGGAAAAAGGAAAAAGUGAAGAAAGUAUCAGGAGAGAAGAAAGUCAAGAAAACCUCAAAUGUGGGAGGAAAAGCUGCAGCCGAGGCCACGCAGGAAAUUCCGGAAUCGGAGCCGCCCGAUCCCAAAAAUCCCAAUCCCAAAAAUCCCCCAGAGCAGGAUGGGAUGGGGGAGCCUGGGACAGCCCCAGGGGCUGAGCCUGGGCCAGGAUCCCGAGGAAUCCUGUGUGCUGCUGAUCUCCAACCUCCCUGACAAGGGCUGCUCCCCCGAGGAAAUCUCCAACCUGGCCAAACCCUUCGGGGGCCUGCGGGACCUGCUCAUCCUCUCUUCCCAUAAAAAGCUCAGCAUGCGCCCUAAACCCCGGCACCGCAGCCUGGGGGACGAGGAGGCGAUUUUUAUUGCUCUCAUCAAAGAUUCCGAUCCCAAGGUGGAUGCUGCCUCCCUGCGCUCCCAGCUGGUUCACCUGGGGAACCUCCCAGCCGAGGGGUUCCGGGAGCUGGAGGUGGUUUGUGCCGGGCUGCGCUUCGGCAAGGUGGAGCACUACGCCGUGCUCAGCAACCGCCAGCGGGUACAGAAUGGAAAUCAGGGAGAUUUUGGGGAUUUUUGGGGAUAUUUCAAAUUUUGGGGGGAUUUUAUUAGAGAUUUUUGGGCAUUUCUGGGGAUUUUUGGGGAUUUUUGGCCGAGGGGUUCCAGGAGCUGGAGGUGGUUUGUGCUUCGGCAAGGUGGAGCACUGCGUGCUCAGCAACCGCCAGCGGGUACAGAAUGGAAAUCAGGGAGAUUUUGGGGAUUUUUGGGGGGUAUUUUCAAAUUUUGGGGGGAUUUUAUGGGGAUUUUUGGCCGAGAGGUUCCAGGAGCUGGAGGUGGUUUGUGCUUCGGCAAGGUGGAGCACUGCGUGCUCAGCAACCGCCAGCGGGUACAGAAUGGAAAUCAGGGAGAUUUUGGGGAUUUUUGGGGGGUAUUUUCAAAUUUUGGGGGGAUUUUAUGGGGAUUUUUGGCCGAGAGGUUCCAGGAGCUGGAGGUGGUUCUGGGAGCUGGAGGUGGUUUGUGCUUCGGCAAGGUGGAGCACUACGCCGUGCUCAGCAACCGCCAGCGGAGAUUUUUGGGCAUUUGUGGGGAUUUUUGGGGGAUUUUUGGCCGAGGGGUUCCAGGAGCUGGAGGUGGUUUGUGCUUCGGCAAGGUGGAGCACUGCGUGCUCAGCAACCGCCAGCGGGUUCCAGGAGCUGGAGGUGGUUUGUGCUUCGGCAAGGUGGAGCACUGCGUGCUCAGCAACCGCCAGCGG